ACAGCGCAGAAGUCUAUUGGCUUCGUGACCUUUAUCUUCGACGGCGAAUCUGCAUCUCCAACAUAGUUCGACCAGGCUUGAAGCUUCGGGGUUAUCUGUUCUUGUGCCGUAAUAAUAAUAAUAAUGAAUGUGACUACUCCGCGGUUCAACCAAACCCUCCCGCCGUUCCCGCCGCUGCCCAAACCGCCCUACCCCGUCCUCCUCACCUGGCUCAUCCUGGGCGUGACCCUGGCCAUCCUCUCCGCCCUGCUCAGCGGCCUCCUGAUCCUGGUCAUCCUGCGCUCGCCGGCGCUCCGCCGCGGCGCCGGCGCCAUCAUCGCCUUCUCCCUCACCAUCAACGCCGUCCUCUCCGGCAUCCUCCAGCCUGUUUAUUUCCUGCAGGUCUUCUUCGUCCAGACCGACCGCCCACUGAAUUUACACUGUGGAGUCUAUAUGCUGCUGCGACUGAGUUUUAUUUACACCGAAUACUGGACAUCGUUGGUGCUGGCGCUUAACCGGCUGGUGGCCAUUGCCGUGCCGCAUAUGUACCGGCGGUUAAUCCGCCCGCCGGUGCUGGUGGUCGCCAUGGGUGUCAGUGUGACAGUGCCGCUGCUGGUCAACAUGCCCACGCUAUACAACACUAUCUACUUAUCCGGCCGCUUCCCGCCGUUGAUGGCGUGUACGAUGAAACCGUUGAACGACACGCUGAUGAUCAUAAACGCGACGGUCGGGACGUACUUUCCCAUCACGUCCCUAGGCGUGAUAUAUGUCUUCAUCGCGGGUUACGUGUUACUCCGAAAGGUCACGGAUGCCGGGCGGCGGAUGGCGCGGCGGGUGGCCGUCGCCAAGAUGCUCUUCAUCUCGUAUCUGAUCUACGUGGUGUGCUUUCUACCGGUGACGAUCUUAGCCACCUUUUACCCCUUCAUCCUCUUCCGUAGUCCCCAGAUGAUGAUGUGGAUGGUGAUGAUACAACUGGUUGGAUUCGCCGCGGCACCGGUGAUCUAUCUGGUAAUGAACGAAGAGUACCGGAACUGCAUCAGCGUAUUGUGCGGUAAAGUGCGCACCGCGCCGGAAGUGUCCGCUACCAUUAGCUACAGCAACACCCGCUUCGCGACCACCAAGAAGAUGACGAAAGCAGUCGAUUCAAAUUUUGAUGAUUGA